AUGGCACCCACCACCACCACUAGCCUUUCUUCACCCUCCGCCUCCCACCUCGCCUCCCCCCUCCUCAUUCGCCCGCUCUUCCCUGUCUCUCCAUCUCAAUCAAAGGCGCCUCAGCAAUCACCACAUCCGCCCAGAGACAUUUUUUUCCCUUUCCAAUCUCUUUUGUUUCUUUCCUUUAAAUCGUCUGAAUCCGUCCCAUCUAAUAUCGCAAUCCGUCUCGCACCUACCACCCUGAAACACACAUACCCCAAGGCCACUAUGCCGAUCUCGUUACUACCCGCUUCGGCUGCGGCCUUUGCGCCCCGUUCCAACGUCAAUGUUGUUUUGGCCUCAAAAGCCGAGCCAUGGUUAACACAAACGUUGAAGAGAGUCAACCGAGUCAAGCGGCCGUUGAACAGCGCUCUGGAAGGUUUGGAGGAAGAAGGCGCGGGAGAACUACUCGAGGGACGAGGUGAGGACGUCAAGAGCGCCAUCAUGGGAUUGUUCCUCCCCCUUCUUCCUCCUCCUCCCAGGAUCGUCGAUGUCGUCCGACCCGCACCCCUCCUCCCAAGCUCGACUGCCUCAGCCAACUGGUGGGUGCCAACACAACAGAUGCAUCCGUCGCACUCUGCCCCAGUCGAUGCUUGGAGGGUGGUUCCUUCGACCCCUAGCCCUACCAUUGCCACCUGCGGUGAAACUGGACCUUCGUUCUGGAGCACCAUGGGAACCAUGGGCUUCGAGGCCAUUCAGCUUCCAUCGCCGACUCCUUCCUUCAGCCAGCCAUACAACUCGACGAGCCCAUACGCACAAAGUACCAGCCCAUAUGCGCCAAGCACCAGCCCGUACACAUCGAGUUCGUAUUACAGCCCGCCCCCGGCAUCGGCACCAAUCCCAGCCCUUCCUCUGCCGAGCGUCUUGGCCCAGCAAUGCGGAUCAAGCGCCGUCCACGGAGGAUUCGGUGGUUUUGGAUGGGAUACUGGAUUUGCACCACAGUACGCAGCCUUCACAUAA